UGUGUGUGUGUGGGAGAUGGCGAGAAAAAAAGAGAAUAGAAGAAGAGAAGAAUGAGGACAUUUUAAGUUUAAAUUUUAGGUCAUUUUAUAAGUAUUCAAGGAAUUACAUACAUGAUUGACUAAUGGUUUAUAUUGAUUGUCACAGUUUUUUCAGAUAUCACGUUUACUGGGGGGUAUUCAAUUAACUGUGUAUCUUAUCCCAACAUACAAAAUAAUCGAUGUUAAGCGUCAGUUAUAAGCAUAAUUAUAUACACGUGCUGUCAGCAUAUGCGAAACAAUUUCGAUUUCCGUCCAAAGCUCAAAUGAGGCCGCAAAAUUUGUUUAGUUUGUUCCUGUCGAAUAUAGACAUUCGACUUAAAUAUAAGUAUUUAUAACCAAAUAUUUUAUUCUCUUAUUCACAGUAGAUGGUUGUAGUGGGAAGAAAAAAUAAAGUGCCAAAAAGACUCACUACAAACGGAAAAGAAAGCAACGGGAGAACAGGAAGAGAAUAUAGGAAAAUAUAAAAUUAAGAAGCCGUAAUAUACUUAAGAAUAGAAAAUAAAAGAAUUUGAUGAGAAAGAAGAAGUUGAUAGAUUCUCAUAAGAGACAAAUUAUGAAUAAAAGCGAAGAGAGAAAGAAUGACAAACGAACCGAGUGCACAAAUUUAGAAAAAACUCAUGUACAUCAAGUUUAUGAUAAAUUUGGUUCGGUAUUUGCCGAUUAUAGGUCACAACCUUGGCCCGGAGUGGUACAAUUUUUGAAUUCGUUAGAAGUUGGGAGCGUGGUUGCCGACGUAGGCUGCGGACAUGGAAAAUACUUAAGUGUCAAUCCAAAGAUAUUUGUAACUGGUAGCGAUCGUUGUGGUCCCCUAGUUACAUUGGCAGCUCUUCGGACGGGAAACGAUGUCAGUCUCGCAGACAAUUUGCACUUGCCCUACCAAUCUGAUUCUUUCGACGCAGUUAUAUCCAUAGGCGUUAUACAUCAUUUGACCAAUGUUGAAAGGCGGAUAGCGGCGAUACGAGAACUAGCAAGAAUAUUACGUCCAGGCGGUAAACUGAUGAUUUACGUUUGGGCAUUGGAACAGCGAUUAAGGAAAUUCGACGCCCAAGAUGUCCUAAUUCCAUGGCGCCUGCCACCUGGUAAAAGGAGGAUAAGAAGUUCGGCUAGCUCAACUAGUGGGGAUGAAGAAGAAAAGAAAUCUCUUCGACGAAAUAGAGCACUUAGAGAGAGAUGUUCUUCUGAUACAACUAUAAAAAUGCAGGCAGGUUCAACUGCCCGAUCUCAAGAUUCGGGAAUAUAUAUAAAAUCUAUUCAAAAACCCCCCUCCACUCCGACAAUUAAUCGUAUAAGAAUGUCAGGUUUCUUGUCUUUGCGCAAUAGUCGUGGUGAUUCUACAGAAAGCAACACUGGAGGUGAAGAAAAUCGAAGUAGUAGUUUACCAAAUCUUGUCAAGACUAAACUGGUAGGUUGGUUUUCUAAAAUGAGCCAAGAUGAUGAACAACCUCAGCCGACUAAACAGCUGCAAGUCUCAGACAAAUCAGCUCUCCAGGAUUUAGCCUACAAGCGAUUAAUGGAGAAAGUUCUAGAGCAAGACCCAUUCGUUCUCGAUCCUCAUAAAGCUAUGGUAGAAAAUUAUAAAAAAGCUGUUAAACAAAGCGGGUUCGAUGUCCGACACUUUCCAAGAAGUAGCACGGGAAUGCCCGGGCAAAGGACGCAAAAGAAAAGUUUGCAGCGCCAUCUAUCGACUAGUGACCCGGCUGAUUUGACUUCUCGAGCUGCAGAGUUGGAAGCCAGCGCAAAACGGUUUGAAAAAAUUCCUCCACGUCUUGUAAGGCAAAAGAGUCUAGAAGGAACUCCGAAUUGCAGUCGAGAAACGUCUCUAGACGGAGGCGACGAUUCAGUCUUUGUCAAUGCUAGUUGGCAAGAAACAACAAAAAAUGCUAUUGUUUCGAUGGAAACUGCGGUUAAGCGACCAACUGGUCCACAAGUAUCACCUCCACCUCCUAUCCGCCCAGCAAGAUUCCCCUCGACCGAUAGAUGGCCCCAUAGAAUGAGAAUAAAAAAACUCGUACGUUCGUCAACGGGUUCUUCAACAGAAUCAGAAGACAGUGCCGUAGACUAUCAAAGAGAACAGAGGGAAAGGCGUCAUGUUCAUAAAGCUGACUCUCUGCCUAUAGAAUGCGUAAACAAGUCACCAAGACCUCGUUCUCAGAGCGACUCAGAAGCCGGUGAUAAUAACGAGGCGUCUCUUAGCAGAUACUAUCACGUAUUUAGAAAGGGAGAAUUAAAUGCUCUUAUUGAGGAUAAGAUAAAAAACUUACACAUAAUUAGCACAAAAUAUGAUCACGGUAAUUGGUGUCUCGUGGCCGAAAAAGUUAGAAUAUGGACGUUUUAAUUUUAAUGUCCUUUAAAAGAAAAAGAAAAGAAAAAAAAACAUAUAUGUCAAGUACAGCUUCUGUUAUGUCUGCGUAAAAUAUUAUACAAUUAUCAUUAUGGUUUGAUUAAUAUUAUAAUCAUUAUAACGUGUAUAUUUACAACGAAAGUAAGUAUGGCUUAAUAGGCAUAAUAAAAACAUAGUCUAGUUUUAUCUAUACAUGUAUAUAUACAUUAUAUACUGUAUAUAUUAGUAUAUAUAUAUAUAUAUACAUGUAUGCAUAUACCCCAUAUUGCCUCUAUUCUGAAUUUUUUUGAGAUAUUUUUUAGUAAGAACAAAAGAGUUAUUGAAAAUGAAACUUGACUUGAAGUAUUACAGGAAGAUUUUUAUAAAAGCCAUGCUUCUUUUUCUAGGAAUUGACCUGCUAUGUAUGAACUAUCGAUGAUAACUAUUUUCAAUAAUCUAUAAAUUCAACCGUCUGGUUUGAGACUUUGAGAUGUUGAGUAAAAACGACUAAAUAUCAACCUAAUCAAUCUAUGGAAGGCGGGGCGAUAAGUAUUAUCGAUAAGACAGCAAAAAUUUUAAGAUAUAAAGAACACAUGUGUGUUUAUAAUAUAUAAGUAUAUGCCUUAUAGAUCUGAUAAAAAUCUUGGUUCACCAAUAGAUAGCGAACUAGAAAUAUUCAUAAAUUUAUAUAUGUAUUUAUAUACUGUGUGUCUACACUUUUGAUGAAUAAUAUAUAUGCCUAUGUUAAGAUAUGAACGUUAUGUCAACAUGAAAGAAAUUAAUAGAUGUUACUGUAAACGUAAUGCUUCAAUUUGAAACAUUUUUUUGGAAGAUUUCCUGUUCAAGCUAAAGAAAUAGAAAUAGGGAAAGAAGAUAAACAAAAAUCAUUUGAAGAAUAAUUAUAACCGUCCAACAAAUUAUAAACGUUACAUUAUUAUUAUUAUUAUUAUUA